GUGAACAGUUUGAACCUUAGCUGUGCUGAGGCGGAAACAUUGAAAUUGGACAAAUUGUUUAUAGGCAAGGUGAAAUUAAACGGCGUAAUUACCAUCCAGAAAUUCUGCGUGUUUUGUGUGAAAGCCAGGCCUAAAGAGGUGAAAACGGCAGCUUUUUUGUUUGCCGGCUCCGGGUACGUUAAGCCGGUGUCGAGCAAAGUGAAUCGCUCCCUCCUUCUGAGCUAAGUGCUAGCUAGGCGCCGAGCUAACGUUACAGCUAGCCGGAACACGGAGCCAGCUAAUCCCCAACACAAAGGACGACUUUGCCAGUGUUUGUCAUAUCGAUCCCGAAUCACUCCGUUGAAUGAGGACUGAGCCUCCUAUGCAGGUUGAUCAUGGUGCUGACAGGGAAGCGCUCAGAGAAAGGUCCUGCCUGCUGGAAGAGGAGGGUGAAGUCUGAGUACAUGAGGCUUCGGCAGCUCAAACGCUUCAGACGGGCUGAUGAGGUCAAGAGCAUGUUCAACACCAACCGUCAGAAAAUCAUGGAGCGAACUGACAUUUUGAACCAGGAAUGGAAGACCAGGCGAAUACAGCCAGUUCACAUCAUGACGUCUGUCGGCUCCUUAAGAGGCACCCGAGAGUGCACAGUGGACAGUGGUUUCUCUGAGUUCGCCAGGCAGAUCAUCCCCCUGAAGACUCUCAACGCUGUGGCCUCAGUCCCGGUCAUGUACUCGUGGUCACCGCUGCAGCAGAACUUCAUGGUGGAGGAUGAGACGGUGCUCCAUAACAUUCCCUACAUGGGAGACGAGAUUCUGGACCAGGACGGUACUUUUAUAGAAGAGCUCAUCAAGAACUAUGACGGAAAGGUCCACGGAGACAGAGAGUGUGGCUUCAUCAAUGAUGAGAUAUUCGUGGAGUUGGUCAGCGCUCUGGCACAGUAUAGUGACAAUGAGGAUGAUGAGGAGGAGGAAGAACAAGACUUCAAGGUAGACAAAAUGGAGUUGUGUGACAGCAAGGAGCAUCCAGAGGACCCCCGCAAGGAUGGGCUCAUUAACAAUGAGAGCCGAACCAGCAAUGACAGCACCAAGAAGUUUCCCUCUGACAAGAUUUUUGAAGCCAUCUCCUCCAUGUUCCCUGACAAGGGCUCCACUGAGGAGCUCAAAGAGAAGUACAAGGAGCUGACGGAGCAGCAGCUGCCCGGCGCUCUGCCCCCUGAAUGCACACCCAACAUCGACGGUCCAAACGCUCGCUCCGUGCAGCGUGAACAGAGCCUGCACUCCUUCCACACUCUGUUCUGCAGACGGUGCUUCAAAUACGACUGCUUCCUCCACCCUUUUCAUGCAACUCCAAACACCUACAAGCGAAAAAACCUGGAGAACCUGGUGGACAGUAAACCUUGCGGCAUCGACUGCUACAUGUACCUGGUGCAGGACGGGAUGGUGAGUGAGUACCCCUCAGGUGUGGUUGCAGAACGGGCCAAGACGCCCUCUAAACGCACGGUGGGCCGUCGCCGCGGACGACUGCCGAACAGCAACAGCAGGCCCAGCACCCCCACCGUUUCCCUGGAAACCAAAGACACGGACAGCGACCGCGAGGGCAGCAAAGAAGACGAACGAGACAAUGACAAAGACGACGAUGACAAGAAGGACGAAAACACGAGCAGCUCAGAGGGUAACUCAAGGUGUCAGACUCCAGUGAAGAUGAAGCUGACUGUUGAGGCUGAAGCGGUGGAGUGGAGUGGCGCUGAAGCCUCUCUGUUCAGGGUUCUCAUUGGGACAUACUACGACAACUUCUGUGCCAUCGCACGGCUCAUCGGCACCAAGACCUGCAGACAGGUUUACGAGUUCAGGGUCAAGGAGUCGAGCAUCAUCGCUCGGGCUCCUGCCGAAGACGAGGACACACCGCCCAGAAAGAAGAAGAGAAAACAUAGACUGUGGGCCACUCACUGCAGAAAGAUCCAACUGAAGAAAGACGGCUCGUCCAAUCACGUGUAUAACUACCAGCCAUGUGACCACCCGCGGCAGCCCUGUGACUCCUCGUGUCCCUGCGUCACUGCUCAGAACUUCUGCGAGAAGUUUUGCCAGUGCAGCUCUGAAUGUCAGAAUCGUUUCCCUGGUUGUCGGUGCAAAGCUCAGUGUAACACCAAGCAGUGUCCCUGCUACCUGGCAGUGAGGGAGUGUGACCCCGACCUCUGCCUGACCUGUGGCGCUGCAGACCACUGGGACAGCAAGAAUGUGUCCUGCAAGAACUGCUCUAUUCAGAGAGGCGCCAAGAAGCAUCUGCUGCUGGCCCCGUCAGACGUGGCAGGUUGGGGCAUCUUCAUCAAAGAGCCGGUUCAGAAAAACGAGUUCAUCUCUGAGUACUGUGGAGAGAUUAUCUCUCAGGAUGAAGCAGACCGCAGAGGGAAAGUCUACGACAAGUACAUGUGCAGCUUCCUCUUCAACCUCAACAACGACUUUGUUGUUGAUGCCACGAGGAAAGGCAACAAGAUCCGCUUUGCUAACCAUUCUGUCAACCCUAACUGCUAUGCAAAAGUGAUGAUGGUGAACGGGGAUCACAGGAUAGGAAUCUUUGCUAAGAGAGCCAUCCAGACCGGAGAGGAGCUCUUCUUUGACUACAGGUACAGCCAGGCUGACGCUCUGAAGUACGUCGGGAUCGAGCGGGAGAUGGAGAUCGCCUGACUCAGACUUCUACCUCCUGUGGAUCAACGACACAAAGGCCUUACACUCAAACACAAACACACCUUCACUUCAGGAAACGUUGUCAAAAUGCUAGAAAGCUUCAGGAAAACUGGGAAUAUUUGAAGCAGAAUUUUGAUGCUGAGUUUUUUCUUCUUUGCCACCUUGGUCUGUUUUUGUUUUUUUAAAAAACAUUUUUCAUAUCUGUUUCUCAUUUUUCUUCUUGUGGUUUUUCUUCUGUCAACAAAUCUUCCUCUUCUGUCGAGGCAGCAGUCUAAGAUUCAUAAAUCUUCCCUCAGCUGAAGCUGCAGAUCACCAACACACUGACCGCUUUUUGUUUUGUUUUUUAAUGUAAGUGUUCUGCGGUGUGAGGAGGCAAACCCACGACUUGUCUGCUUUUCAGUUCAAGCUUCAGGGACCAAAAUCCUCCACCGACUCUGGACUUUGUACUGUGUGCCACAUGUGGGUCAGUUGUCCUGUUACGUGUGUUUAUAGAGUGUGAACUGAAGCAGCCACACACUCCUCAGUGCCAGAUCACUGUCUGUCUGUAAAUCAGGAGGUGGCUCACAAAGCAGCGUCACACCAGAUCCAACGUAACGUCUGCAUCGUCAUCAGACAGGUCAGAACGGAUUAAACAAUUAAGUUCAGCGGCAACAACUUUGGUAAAUGACUUUUAUUUUUGUUGCCAAACAUUCACUGUAUUUUCUGUUUUUCUCAGUCACAUGUUGUCAUGAACUGAUUAUUUUUAGGUUUUGGCUGUUCGAACAGAAUAAUAUAUUUGAAGACGGAUGUUUGGACACUAUUGACUGAAACGUAAAUGCAUUGUCGCAGAAAGUCUGCACAUUAAUCUAAUGAAAGCAAUUAUCAGUCGGCAGCUCAAGAUUGAAUUAGUGGAUAAUUGUUUUUUUUUUUUUUUGUAUUUUCAAAAGAAUCUUUGGGUUUAGACGAGGCCUCGAACCUUUUAAAUGUCAAAAAAUAGUAAAAGAUGCUCAUUACAUUAAAUCAUUUGCUCUCUGAGAUGUCAGAAAGUAGUUUUGAUAAAAACGUCCCAGUUCCCCAGAGUCCAAGUCCAGACUUCUUCAAACAUCCUGUUUUAUUUGACCAACAGUCCAAAACCCAAAGAUAAUCACUU